UCACUUUAACAGAAAGUUGCACAGCUGGGUUUAAGUAAACUAUGAUAUGUGCAAGUAAAAACAAACUGCUUCUUAAAGUCAAAUGUCAGUAGAAGGUGUGUUAAUGUUAGUGUUGUUCACUAGGUCAUGGAGAUUCAUCAGUCUGCUGUGAUUCUGCUGCUGGUCUUGGCUGCUUCUUUCACUGCUUAUGGUCAACCACAUGAUAUAAAGCCCUGUUAUCAAAAAUUUCUCAAUCAACAUUUGGGUCUUCAUGUGAGUGAGCAUGAUUGUGACAAAGAAAUCAGAAAGAGAGGCAUCACUGCCUCUGGAACUGCAAAUGGCUGCAAAGACAUCAAUACCUUCUUACCAGCGAAUAAGAAUAAUAUUAAAGUAGUUUGUGGAAGAAAUGGAGGAACUCCACAGGGCGGAAAUCUGUUUAAGAGCAACCACCCUUUUCCUGUGGUCACAUGUAAAUUACAAAGUGGGCAGAGACACCCAAAUUUCCAGUAUAGAGGGAAGAAGUCUACUCCACCAUAUUGUUUUGAGGUGUGA